AUGGCGUCAACUCUGGCAGAACAAACGCAGCGUAUGAGUAUAAAUGAUGGAGCGUCCAAAGAUAACGCUGCUUCACAAAGACCGCGAGACGCUCGACCGCAGACAGAGGAUGUCACCAAUACAAAAGGGCUAAACUUUGAAGAUUUUGUCAUAAAACGCGACCUUAUGAAAGGAAUCCAUGGCGCUGGAUUCGAAAAACCUUCGCCGAUUCAAGAAGAAACUAUUCCAGUUGCGCUAACUGGUAGAGAUAUCCUCGCAAGAGCAAAGAAUGGGACAGGCAAAACUGCCGCCUUUCUCAUCCCCACCUUAGAAAAGAUAAACCCCAAGAACUCGAAAUGCCAAUCUCUCAUACUUGUCCCCACAAGGGAAUUAGCUUUGCAAACGUCGCAGGUCUGCAAGACACUUGGACACUAUCUGAACCUCAAUGUCAUGGUUACUACUGGCGGAGCUUCGGUCAAAGAUGACAUUCUUCGAUUACACGAAGCUGUUCAUAUAGUGGUCGGCACCCCUGGACGUAUCGCCGACUUGGCGAGACAACAAGUUCUAGAUCUCAAGGAAUGUACCACGGUGGUUAUGGACGAGGCCGACAAGCUCUUGUCACCCGAGUUCACGCCUACCAUUGAGGAGCUUCUUUCAUUCCUCGCAAAGGAACAUCAAGUCAUGUUGUUUAGUGCGACCUUUCCUGUCAUUGUCAAAUCAUUCAAGGAUAAACACAUGCGCAAUCCUCAUGAAAUCAAUUUGAUGGAUGAGCUCACACUUAGGGGCAUAACCCAAUACUACUGUUACGUGGACGAGAAACAAAAGGUCCACUGUCUCAAUACUCUCUUCUCAAAACUCCAGAUCAAUCAAUCCAUUAUAUUCUGUAAUUCUACAAACCGGGUCGAGCUGUUAGCAAAGAAGAUCACCGAGCUCGGAUACUCUUGUUACUACUCUCAUGCGAGGAUGCUACAGUCGGCUCGCAACCGCGUCUUUCACGAUUUCCGCCACGGCAAAUGCCGUAACCUGGUGUGCUCGGAUCUUCUGACUCGAGGCAUAGACAUUCAAGCCGUCAACGUUGUCAUCAACUUUGAUUUUCCAAAAAAUGCUGAAACGUAUUUGCAUCGCAUAGGUCGGUCAGGUCGAUACGGUCACUUAGGAAUUGCCAUCAAUCUUAUCAAUUGGGACGACCGCUUCAAUAUUUACCGCAUUGAACAAGAACUUGGUACGGAGAUCGAAGCUAUUCCAUCCUCGAUUGAUAAGAGACUCUAUGCCGUUGAUACACCGGAGAACAUUCCUCGACCCAUGAACACCGCAAACGUUGGCCCUCAACGCCAGGACUCUGGCCGAAACCAGCAAACCACCGGUCAUGUAGGAAGACCUGCUCAAGGAGAACCGAACAAAGGUGCCUCCAGUCAAGCUCGUCAUCCUCCGAGUGGACGACCGAGCGGGUCUAGCGCCACAAAUGCGCGUGGGUCUCAUAUUUCAGCCCGAGGAAAUCAUCGAGGUGCUCAUCAGGGGUAUCCGCCGCGUAACCAAGUCAAUGGCGUCGCAGCACCUUAG